AUGCAAGCAGUGUCCAAGCUAAUCUUUGGUCCGACACAAGAAGAGCGAGUCAAGUCGGUCCAAGCCCAGUUGCGUUCCGAACAAAGAGCGUUGGAUCGAGAAGUGCGACAGAUAGAUGCGGCUUCCUCCAAAGCCAAGAUGGAGGUGAAAAAGUUGGCAAAAAAGGGAGAUACGAAGAAUGCUAGGAUAUUGGCUAGAGAGAUUGUUAGGAGUCGGAAACAAAAGGAUAGAUUGAUCACGAGUAAAGCUCAAUUGAAUAGCAUUAACAUGCAAUUGGGACAUCAGUUGGGUGAGUCGCGCCCCUAGCUUGCAUGCCUUUGAGCGCAGUGUGGAUGGCAGUGUCGCACUCGGACCGAUGCUCAUUCGUCUCAUCUCGACCCACACAGCCAUGUACAAAGUGACGGGCAGCAUGCAAAAGAGCACAGAGAUCAUGAAGAUGUCCAAUCAGCUGGUCAAACUUCCCGAAGUGUCCAAAGUGAUGAGGGAGAUGAGCGCAGAAAUGACAAAGGUGAGCGAUCAUUUCCGCUUUUUCAGCGAUUCAUCCAGUGUUGCGCUUGUCUGGCUCACAUUGCCCCUCGCCAUCCGCACAGGCUGGAAUCAUGGAAGAGAUUUUGGAGGAUACGCUCGACUCUUCCGUGCUAGGCGAGGAAGAUGACCUGGAAGAGGAAGCUACGGGCGAAGUGGACAAGGUGUUGUUCGAGUUGACGGAUGGCAAAUUGGGUCAGGCUGCUGGCACGGAGAAUCUGCCAGAUCUCGUCGCACCAAAAGCUGCAGAGGUGCACGAGGAUGAGGAAAAGGAACAGGAAAAUCUGGAAAGGAUGCAAGCUGCUCUGGAUGGCCUUUUGAGAGGAUGA